GCCAGAGCGCCUCAGCUCUUCUCUUUCCUUUCCGGAGCGCACUAAGUGCGCAUGCGCCGUUAUUAAUCCUGCUAACCUCCAACAUGGCGGCGAGGGGCCAUGUGCAAGACCCUAACGACAGGAGACUGAGACCCAUUUACGAUUAUCUUGAUAAUGGCAAUAACAAGAUGGCAAUACAGCAGGCUGACAAGCUGCUCAAGAAGCACAGGGAUCUCCACUGUGCCAAAGUUCUAAAGGCUAUUGGUCUGCAGCGCACAGGGAAGCAGGAUGAAGCCUUCACUCUGGCUCAAGAGGUGGCCAGCCUGGAGCCCACUGAUGAUAACUCGCUCCAGGCGCUCACUAUUCUCUACAGAGAGAUGCACCGGCCGGAGUUAGUGACCAAGUUGUAUGAAGCAGCAGUCCGGAAGGUUCCUACCAGCGAAGAGUACCACUCGCAUCUCUUCAUGGCAUAUGCACGUGUUGGGGAGUACAAGAAAAUGCAACAGGCUGGAAUGGCUCUUUAUAAGAUUGUUCCCAAAAACCCGUAUUACUUCUGGUCGGUUAUGAGCCUAGUGAUGCAGGCCAUUUCAGCCCAGGACGAGAAGCUCUCCCACACAAUGUUCCUGCCUCUCGCUGAGCGCAUGGUAGAGAAGAUGGUCAAAGAGGAGAAGAUUGAAGCCGAGGCAGAGGUCCAGUUGUACUUCAUGAUCUUGGAGCGUCUGGGGAAAUACGAUGAGGCGCUAGAAGUGGUGCGAGGGCAGCUUGGAGAGAAGCUCACCAGUGAGCUGCAGAGCCGGGAAAACAAGUGCAUGCUGCUGUACCGCCAGCUAAAGCGCUGGCCUGAGUGCAAUGCCCUGUCACGCAAACUGCUCCUCAAAAACCCUGAUGACUGGCAGUUCUACUUGUCAUAUUUUGACUCUUUAUUCCACCUCAUUGACCAGGGCUGGACACCUCCAGAGGAAGGAGACCAUUGUCUGGAGGGUGAAGUGCACUCUUUGGUGGAACAGGCCAUCAGUUUUGUGGAGGAACGGAUAGCAGCAGAGGAUGGGAAGGAGUCCAGGCCACUCAGGGGCCCCUACCUUGCUCGUCUAGAGCUUAUACAACGUCUCCGGCUGAGGAGCUGCUCACAGGAACAGCAGCUUGGUGAGCCUCUAGAGCUGAUGUUUCAGUUCUUUGUAAAGUUCGGAGACAAGCCAUGUUGCAUCACGGAUCUAAAGGUUUUUCUGGACCUUAUCGUGCGGGACCAACAUGUCCAGUUCAUUAACAGGCUGACGGAGGCGGUGCCCCUCGGGGCUGCAGAUGAGGCUGGCACGGCCCUUCCGGGAGACACACGCUCACUGCAGAGGCACCUGUGUGUAACGCAACUCAGCCGCUGCCUAGGCCUGCAGCACGCGCUCAGUCCCGAAGGCAAAUUGGCCCUCAUCCGUGAGCUCAAGCAUCACUACCGCCAUGGCUUACAGUUUGGAAAGUCCUGUUUAAAAACGGAGCUGCAGUUCUCGGACAUGUAUUGCCUCAUGGCUGCUCACGUCUACAUAGAUCUGUGGAUAGAGACUGGUGAUGAGCACAUGCUGUGGCAGUGUCUAGGGUUGCUGGAGGAAGGUCUGUCACACAGCCCCUCUAACGCGCAGUUCAAGCUGCUGCUCCUGCUCCUCUACUGCCGUCUGGGAGCCUUCGAGCCCGUAGUGGACCUUUACUCCAGCCUGGACGCCAAACACAUUCAGCAUGACACCAUAGGAUACUUAUUGACUCGCUAUGCGGAGUCCUUGGGCCAAUUUGCUGCUGCUUCUCAGUCCUGUAACUUCUCCCUCAGGUUUUUCCAUUCAAACCAGAAAGAUACCUCAGAAUACAUUAUUCAGGCAUAUAAGUAUGGUGCAUUUGAGAAGAUCCCAGAGUUCAUUGCUUUUAGGAAUCGACUGAACAACUCGUUGCACUUUGCCCAGGUGCGCACAGAGAGGAUGCUGCUGGACCUCUUCCUAGAAGCUGACAUAUCAUCCACUUUAGAGGAAAGCUUGAAGUCCAUGUCUCUGUGUCCUGAAGAAGACGACAUUCCAUGGGACAACAUAAGGGACAACCGGGACCUCACUGUCUUUGUCAGCUGGAACCCAAAAGACCGAGAGCUGAAUGAGGAGGACAGGCAGCGCUCUCUAGAAGAGGAGUUACUGUGGCUGAAGAUCCGCUCUCUGACUCUGAGGCUUGUAGGCUGCCUCUCCUCACUGUGCCAUCCUCCGUCACUGCACAACUCGGAGAAAACAGCCGAGAACGGCGUGUGUGCCAAACCCUCAACCCUGCAGCCAUUGCUUUCUCUGCUGGAGAACACACUCAGCCAGGCGGCUCAGUUCACCGAAAAACACUCGCAGCAGCAGUACCCGUUGCUCGGUCCUCCCUCCACUCGGAUGGCGCAGGCUUUAGCCAGCGGGAGUUGCCAGUGUCAGCUCUCUGUCCUGCAGCUGCCCCUUCACCUACAGGAGCUCGAGGCUGCCGGUUUGGAUCAGUCAGCAGAGCUUCAGGCUCAGAUAUCUAACCUCUUCAAAUCAUUAACAGUGCAGCUUCAAGAUAUGCUGAAUAAAUGCAAAGGCGAUUUGUUGGAAGUCAAAGACAACCGAAGUAAGACGCAGCCUUCUCUAUUAGAAAGCCUAGUUUACUUUGUCGAGACGAUUUGUGUUGUCCUUUGGGUGUCUAGUUACUGUGCUAGCACGCUGCGGCCGCUCAAGUCUAGCUUACAAAAGAAGAAGAAAAAGAAAAAGGACACCAGUGCAGUAACACCUGUAGUGCUCUCUGGGUUCCAGGAAUUCACUAGCAGCCUGCAGAACAUUCUCAGCCAGGCUCUAGAUCACAUUAAAGAUCAGGAGAGCAGGCUAACAGCUCUGAAGCUGGAGAGUCUCUCUCUGGAGGGCUUCACGCAGACUGAGGAGGAGAGCGCCUUCACGAAGACUGUGAUGGAUAAAGUGCAGAGCAGCUACCAGCGCUCACUGCAGGAGGUUGGGGAGCUGCUGAGGAAACGAAGUGACACCCUCAAAUCCCUGAAGAUCUGAUCGUCAGCCCGUCUAACACCUCUGUCUCUCUUGUCCUUCAAGGCGGUCCAUUCACUUCUGCUUGUCUUUGCUCUUUUCUGACGCCACCUCCCUCCCACAGGCACGCACAAAACUCCCGACCGGUUCAGCACAACCAUCUGCGGUGCUCUGAGCCACCGAUCAAGUGGAUCCCCAUGUCCUCAGAAUGCUAGAGAGCUACGUAGGCAAACCAAUAAGCAAUUUUAGAAGAGCUGCUCUAUAAAUUAUUGUACAUAGUGUGAAGACUCACUCGAACUCGGAAUUAAAGUGAACUGCUUUGUCCUUUUUCCCUCGCUGUCUGAUGUUGUCUCUUUGUUGGUAUCUAGCAGUCGAUGCCCCUCUACCCACCGUCCCUGUCAGCUGCUCCUCCUCCUGAGACCAUACCAGAGCUUGACUCGAUAGUUUUCAGCAGAUGAGUGGCUAAGCCGCUGAUGGUGCUUCAGUUUGAGUCCUGCUUUUUGAAGUAAUGUAUGGUGGAUGUGUGUGUGUGUGUAUGUCUGUGUGCGUGUGUGUGUAAUUGCAUUUGCUUCAAACUGGCCUUUGAGCAACACAGAGUGAAUGUUGCUUGAUGCGGUUCAUUUGCAGUUUAUCAGUUUUAUAUUGCUACAAGCAGAGCUCAUGUAGGACACUGAUGUGUGUGUGUGUGUGUGUGUGUGUGUGCGUAUAUGUAUACACAAAACACUGCGAGAUGUAGCUUUCCUGCGUAACGGUUUGUUCUCCAACUGCAGGAACCGUUUACGUGAAGUAGCGCUUUAUUAUGGGGCUUGUCUCAGUUAAUUCACAAAUCAGUGAUCUUGCAUAGAUGUAAAUGCUCAUACAGUCUUUAAAAUCUGGAUUGUUUUUUAAAAAAAAAAAAAAACUUUGCUUUUCACGCAGGCCAUCGGUUGUGUUGCAUUACUAAUGUCACUCAUUAAAAAGGGGACAAACACUUUUUUAAGAUGCAUCAUGUUUACUGUUUAUACUGUUUUAGAAAAAAUUGUAAAUUGCACUGAGGUUCCCUGAAAUUGUGAGGAUUUUUUUAAAAAUCGAUGCAUACCAAAAAAAAAAAGGAAAA